GUGGACUCAGAGAGGGUAAGAAGAAUCGAGGGAGCAGAGCACACACACACGUAAAGAGCCUCGCCGGAGGCACCAAACCACACGCACAGAAACAGAGAAAAGCUUGAAACCCUCCUCCAGCUUUUCCAUUAAUGGCCGUCACGACCGGGGCUUUCUAUCUCUCUCGCAUCACCGACCUUCCACUCAAACACCUCCAACCACCCCUUCGAUUCUCACACCAACUUCUAAUCCGACCGUUGCUUCCGGCCAUCGCCAUCACAAAGAAACGAUCCUCCGGUGCUGUUUGCUGCCUGAUCUCCGGCGUCGACGGUGGUGGAGUCUCCGACGACUUCGUCUCCACCCGGAAGUCUGGCUUCGAUCGCGGAUUCUUAGUUAUCGCCAAUAUGCUCAGGAGAAUCGAACCUUUGGACAAUUCGGUUAUCGCCAAGGGCGUUUCUGAUUCCGCCAAGGACUCCAUGAAGCAGACCAUCUCUACUAUGCUUGGGUUGCUCCCAUCGGAUCAAUUCUCUGUCACUGUUAGGGUUUCCAGACACCCUCUCCAUCGCCUUAUCGUUUCUUCAAUCAUCACGGGGUAUACCUUGUGGAAUGCGGAGUACAGGAUUUCUUUGAUGAGGAACUUUGAUCUAUCGCCAGAUAGUUCGAAAAGUUCGAAUCUUUUAGACCGAAAUGGGGUUUCCCAAGUGAAGCGUGAGGAGAGAGGGGGUGAGAAUGGUGAGGUUGGUGGGGUUGAAGACUUGGAAACGAUGAACCUUCAAGGUCUUGGGGAUUUGUCUAAGGAGGCUUUGAAAUACAUUAAACAGCUGGAGUUGGAGUUAUCUACGGUCAAGCAGGAGCUCGAUGCCCGCAAACAGGAAAAUUUGCAAAUGGAGUAUAUCAGAGAAAGUAACAAUGAUCUAUUAGAGUACUUACGGUCCUUGGAAUCUGAUAUGGUGACAGAACUUUCUAGACCAUCAUCAUCGGAGGUGGAGGAAAUUAUUCACCAACUUGCUCAAAAUGUAUUGGGAAAAUUCUUUAAAGAUGAGACAACCUCUGAUUUUGAGGGAGACACAGCUUUCCUGAGUACAGAGAACUACCAAAAUGGUGAUGAUGAAUUUUGUGAUAUUGUUGGCACUUCCCGGGAUUAUUUAGCAAAGCUGCUUUUCUGGUGUAUGCUAUUGGGUCAUCACUUAAGAGGCUUGGAGAACAGGCUGCAUCUAAGUUGUGUCGUCGGCUUACUGUAAGUAAAAGGAGAGAGGGAUGUACAUUAUUUUUCUUUUCUUUUCUUUUUUCUUGGGGUGUUACUUAUUCAGUUUUUCUGUUUAUCCAUAUGAUUUUUAUUUAUCUGAAACAAAACUUAUGUAGAUCAGUCACAUGUUUAAUCCUUGUUUUCAACUUUAAAUGAAUAAUUUCUACAUCAGAGAUUUAAUAUGGUGUGGAGCAUAGCAGUAAAACUAAAGCCAAUAGUUG